AGUGGAAAGGGGGCGAUCAGGGGCGGUUUUUUGCGUUUAUGGGGAACCGCCCUGGGCUGCUUUUUGCGGGGCCGUCUGGACAAGGUGAGUCUCGGGGACCCGCCCGGCACCACCCGUCCGUAAACGGCAACGCCACCUGGUGGUCGUGGUGCCGCAGUGCAGGCGUUCUCGGCCUGGAGUGGGGCGCUGUGCCAGCCGUGUUGAACCUGGGGACACUGAAUACGCCGGGAAAACCUUAAACCGAGUUUACCCGAGAGGGCUGGCGAGAGGAGCCCCAGCCUGAAAAAUGAUCCCUAAGGGUCCAGGAAGGGCCUUGGGGAGGGGCCUGACCAGGACGGCCCGACUUCCGUGAUACAGCAAACACAGAAAGACAAAGUCCAUUUGGAUGGAAGUGGGAGCGGAAUGAGAGGGGCCAUUUUGACUCUGUGGUCAAAGAAAAUGACUGAUCUGAUGAGGUCUGGGAGCCGAGGUCCCCAGGUACGGCUGCUCACCCUGGGACUAGCAGGGUCUAAGGAUAACUCUGGGGCCGUGAUUCUCACAGAGGAUCCCAGAUUUCUGCAUUCUGAGUAAUGUCAGGUGCCACUGGACUUGUUCUGAGACCCUUUCCCUAGAGGAUGGCCAAGGGGCUCUUAAUGACCUAUGUCCUCUGGGCUGUAGGGGGCCCUGUUGGGCUCCACCACCUGUACCUGGGGCGGGACAGCCAUGCAUUGCUCUGGAUGCUUACCCUGGGGGGGGGGCUAGGCUGGCUCUGGGAGUUCUGGAAGCUCCCAAGUUUUGUUGCUCAGGCCAACAGAGCCCAGGGGCAGAGGCAGAGCUCAGGAGGGGGGACACCCCCUCUGAGUCCCAUUCGCUUUGCUGCCCAGAUGAUAGUGGGCAUCUAUUUUGGCCUUGUGGCUCUCAUUAGCCUUUCUUUCAUGGCCAGCUUCUAUAUUGUGGGCCUCCCACUGGCAGUUGGCUUAGGGGUCCUGCUGGUGGCUGCUGUUGGCAACCAGACCUCAGACUUUAAGAACACUCUAGGGGUGGCAUUUCUUACUUCCCCUAUCUUCUAUGGCCGCCCCAUAGCCAUCCUGCCCAUCAGCUUGGCUGCCAGCAUCACAGCCCAGAAGCAUCGCCGAUACAAAUCUUCACUUGGGUCAGAGACGCUCAGUGUGCGGCUCUACCGCCUGGGCUUGGCUUACCUUGCUUUCACAGGCCCGCUAGCGUACAGCGCCCUCUACAGCACAGCUGCCACCCUCAGCUAUGGGGCGGAGACCCUAGGCUCCUUCUUGAGUUGGUUCAGCUUCUUCCCCCUCUUUGGCCGCCUGAUGGAGUCUGUCCUCCUUCUGCCUUACCGAGUCUGGAGGCUUGGCUUCAGCAGCAGCUACUUCCGGGAGUGGGAGAAGCUGUACGAGUUUGUUCACAGUUUUCAGGAUGAGAAGUGUCAGCUGGCUCGCCAGGUUUUGGGUGUCUCAGAGGGGGCAACAAAUGAACAAAUACAUCGCAGAUACCGAGAGCUAGUGAAGAUCUGGCACCCUGACGACAACCGGCACCAGACAGAGGAAGCUCAGAGGCACUUCCUGGAGAUCCAGGCUGCGUAUGAAGCCCUGAAUCAGCUCAGGAAGCCCAGGGGUUCCUGAAGGUGAGAAGAAACUUCCCCUUGAGGAUAGACUCUUCCUGGCAGAGCUGGGGAGCUUGUCCUAGCCCAGCUUUGUCUACUUGGGGCAUCCUAACAAUGUUAAAGAAACUGCCAUUUGCAGCAGAAAUGAGAAAACCUUAGAGGUGAGAAAGCUAUUGUGAUGAAAGAACGUAUUUAUGUUUUUGAAUUUCUGAAUUCUUGACUAUUAUAUUCCUGAUUAUUUUUUUCUUAAAACCAGAUAGUCAAAUGAAAGACAUAUUAUAAAACCAACAAAAUAUCUUUUAGAGACUAUACCACAUUAUUUCACCCCUGGUCCAUUGAUGAGUGAUGGGGAAAGGUUAUUUAUCAAAUUUUUUUUUAAUGUGCCACGUACUGAGUUAGGUGAUUGAACGGAAAUAUAAGAUUCUAGUAUUUCACAAGCUGUCCUGUGACAAGAGGGAUUUGAUCUAUUCUCUGGACUACCAAGGGGUAAGACUGGGGUUAAAUUUCAAAAUUUCAGAAAAAAUAUUUUAAUUCCAUUUAUUAGGAGAGCUUUCUAGGAGCUACACUUUUCCCAAGAAGAAAGAAGCUGCUCUGGGGUAGCGACAGUCCCCUCAUCAUAGACUCUUCUGCGUGGUGGGGUAUUGUGGAAUGCCCUCAAAACCUACAUGGGUGUUGGACUGGCUGAAUUCUCAGGUCUUCCCAAACCUUGGGAUUUAAUUCUGAGCUACACAUCCUGCUCCCUCUUUGCUUACAGUCCAGUGGGGGAACACAGGUACCAAGUCCACCUCACUCAGUGUUUUGAACUGCGUUCUAAGUGGUGUAACUAGGAUGCAUUAGAAUGUUGCAGAAGAGACAGACGACAUUGUUUUAUAGGAACUCAUGGGAAAAUUCAUGAUUUUAUAUCUCAUACGCCCUUAUGAGGACUUUGGGGAAACCCUAGGGAACCAAUAGCUUGAAUAUCUCAAGGGGGCCUUAUUUAAUUCCCAAGUGUGGAAGAAAUAGCCCAGGAUGCUUCAGUUUGCAGAGGAAGACUGGAGACCAGGAACAUGAUGUUAAAAUUAUGUACCUUUACUCCAGCUUUCUUCCUCUUUUUUAUUUGUGGGUGUGUCCCUUACACUUUUUUUUUCUUUUUUCUGGAAGUUAACUCUGAGUAGUAUAUAUAUAUUUAACAAGUAGGAUUAUUUUGGCUAGUGUUCCCUACUAAUUAAAAAAAUGGUCUGAUCAGUUGACAGGAAUGAAAUUUGUAGAUGUUUUUUCUUUGCAUCCAUAUAUUAAAAAAAUUGUCAAUGAAUUUAUGUACCUUGAUUUCAAGACCAAAUUAACUUUCUCACCUUUUUAAAGUUGACAGAAAUUGAUAUAUAUUGCCUUUGAAAAGCAUUUAUAAUUUGUCAGAUUAUAAUGUGGAAUUUUAAUGAGACAUUUUCAUAGCUAUUAAUAAUUUGUUAAUAUGAUAUGUAGUAGUACAUCUGCAAAAUGUAAAUAUAUUAAAUAACAGUCUAUAAGGAAAAAGAGACAAAAAGUGACUGGGGCUUUACUUGAUUUGGAAAAUUAUUUUACUGUUCUCAAAUUUUCUUAGGAGUUUUUGUACAAAAUAUGCAAUAUUUUAGUUUGUUCAAAUGGGAACUGUUGAUGAGCAGUCUCUAUUUUUCCAACAUGAGCCAUGCUACAAUAAAUAUCUUUAAAUAUA